AUGUCUCGAAAGCCAUACCCGAACCCAUUGGUCAUCCGGCCACUGAGUGAAGAGCACACACAUACUAUCAUUUCGCUUCAUGGAAGAGGUAGUAAUGCCGAGCGCUUCGGUCAUGAGCUCCUUGUGUCGACAAACCUACAAAAAAGACUUCCUACAGUGAAAUUUGUCUUUCCUACUGCGCGUAAGCGGCGGUCAACUGUACUCAAAAAGAUCCCAAUUCAUCAGUGGUAUGACAACUACUCCCUUGAAGAUCCUGGACAAAGAACAGACCUUCAAGUGGAAGGGCUCUAUGAGACGGCUGAAUUUAUUCGCGGCCUAGUCACCGCAGAAGCUCGGAUCUUGGGCGAUGAAAAUCAUUCAAAGAUCAUCCUGUGGGGGCUGAGCCAAGGAUGUGCCGCAGGCAUCUUCACCCUUUUAGGUGGUUGGGCCGACACCAGUGAAGCAAAUCCACUCGGGGCAUUUAUUGGGAUGAGUGGAUGGCUGCCAUUUGAACAGCAAUUACGCGAGAUUCUCCCAUCCGACGAAAGCCUAGUUUCGGCUGGAGACAAUUCUCAAAACAUACAAUCGGACGAUGACUCAUGCGAAGAAAGUGAAAGUGAAGAAGAGUCAGAAAGAGAUGCAUAUUCCGAACAAGGCUUCAACGAUAAUCUAUUAGAGGAAAGCAGCUCGUCACGUGAUGAUUUUGAUCCCUUCAAAGAGGAGAUUGAGGAAGACAGUGCACCACGUGAUGACUUCAAUCCAUUUGAAGAUGACGAGGAGGAAGCUCCGUUGGUCAUCCAAGCUAUCAACCAUAUUCGUGAUAUCCUUGCUCUUCCUAUGAUUUCAGGCAAUACGCCGCCAUCGGAAGACAGCCAUCCAUCGAGUUUAAGUCACCUCCAGACUCCUGUUUUUCUUGGCCAUGGCGCAGAAGAUCCCAAGGUCUCUGCGGGUCUUGGUGAAAAGAUGACUCGUAUUCUGUCAAAUGGUCUAGGAAUGGAUGUAACAUGGAAGGAAUAUCAGGGAUUGGGGCAUUGGUACCGUGCUGAAGAUGAGGUUGAAGAUAUUUUGAGCUUUCUUCGGGAUCGUGUCGGCCUACCAGUGAUAUCAGGGUCAUCCCUAGCAAAAGGGACGGAACAAGAGAAAUAA